GCAUUAUUCCGCAAAACAGACUUCCGCUCGAGACUAGUUCAGAGAGAGAAAACUAGAUCCUUUAAAACGGCACAACGGUGUGUGAUGUCAGCUGACAGCAGCAGAUGUAGGUUCUCUGGGUUUUCCUUGUGUCACUGCGGGCAUGGCGGAGAAUUCUGCAAUGAGCAGUGGAGCUCCGAUGCGACGGGGGCCCUACAUCAGCAUUAUCACGAAUCAGAAAAUAAAUCUGAUGAUCCGUGCUGCCAUGCUCUUUAUGGUGGGCGUAUUCUUGGCACUGGUGCUAAACCUGCUACAGGUGCAGCGUAACGUCACUCUUUUCCCUCCUGAUGUCAUCAGCAGCAUUUUCUCAUCUGCCUGGUGGGUUCCACCCUGCUGCGGAACAGCUACAGCAUUGAUAGGUUUGCUGUAUCCUUGUAUGGACAGUCGUCUGGGGGAGCCCCAUAAACUCAAGAGGGAGUGGUCUAAUGUGAUGCGCUGUGUGGCCGUCUUUGUGGGCAUAAAUCAUGCCAGUGCUAAGGUGGACUUUGCGAAUAACGUGCAGCUGUCACUGACUCUGGCUGCCUUAUCUGUUGGCCUGUGGUGGACGUUUGAUCGCUCACGCAGUGGUUUUGGGCUGGGAGUCGUCAUUGCAAUACUCGCUACACUGGCCACUCAGCUACUGGUUUACAAUGGAGUCUUUCAAUAUACCUCUCCUGACUUCCUGUACAUUCGGUCCUGGCUGCCAUGUAUCUUCUUUGCGGGUGUGAUAACUGUGGGGAAUAUCGGAAGGCAACUAGCUCUGUAUGAGUACAAAGUCAGUCAGGAAAAGACCCAUCUGGAUUAAUGGAGAAGCCUCUGCCCACAUCAGGAAAUCCAGGAUGAAGAAGCAUGGGAUCAACCGAGAGCACAAUGACUAUCAGAGUGAUCCAUUGCUAAGAGGGGCUUCGCUGUGUUUGAGGAUGGGACAGUAUUAUAAUUAAUGCCUGAGGAUAUGUUCUUUGCACAUCAGGUUUUCAGAGUGUGCAACGGCAGGAUAUAAAAUCAAUUACACACUUGUACCAUCUGCACCAGCGCUAAAACGCUAUUGGCUACAGUAAAGUGCCAAACUGACUAUGACUGGUCAAAAUGCAUGACUGUCCUUCACUCAUAAGUGAGGAUAAUAUAUUGACUAAAUAUUUAGACACACUACCAUUGCCACCUCCAUCCUCUGUGAUGGGUGAAGGAGUGUCAUCUGGAUGCAGCACCACCAUCGGUUCUCAUUUUUCGAUGUUUCAUACAGAAAAUUGAGCAGUAAAGGGGACAAUAGAGUAUUAUGAAAGGGCACCUGGUUCUUAGUGAGGGAUCAUUUACAUGUCACUACAUAAAGGGCAGCUCACUUCUGCUGUGUCUGUAAUCCACCACCAGAAGGCAUCAGAGCACAGUUGACUCCCACCUCACACCAUAUUCUACAACAGACUAACCAACAUGCAGUAACCUCUUAGCUGUUACUCACCAGCAUGUGUUCAUUAGCUAAAGGAUUGGUGUUUACUACUGCUUUAAUUAGUUUAUUACAUACUUAAAAGUGAUUGCAUUUCUUGUAAUAACCAGAUAAGUCCCUGCCAGACCCGAAUAAUUCCUCAGUUCUGACUGAAUGAAGCAUUCCUUAGCUUUAGAGAUCACUUUAUACUAAGUCAUAUAUAAAGAGUUGUUUUGACAUCAGAAUAAAAUCUAAAUUAUUUUGACAAACAGUGACAUUCCGUUGAUUUUUACCAAAGCCUUAACAGAUCGAGCUUGGAAUUAAAAGAACAUUUAAACUGUCAGACCACCGUCUGUGCACUGGUUUUGGAUAAAUUAAGGGAAAUUACUAUUAUCUCUUAUUUCAAGGAAAAUUGUAUGAAAAUAGUGAAUAGUCAGCAAAAUUUAUCAAGUGUUACAGUGGGUUAAAACAAUUGUAGACUCGCAGGAACUGUUCUAAAGUUAAUUUGUGAUCGUCUGAAAGCAUGUUGGGAUGUAUUUUCAAUCUACAAUCUAUAUUUAAUCACACUGUUUUUGGAAGUUAAGUUGGAAGUUUUGGAAGAGGUUAGGCUACUUGUUAUUGAUAUUACAUCUGCAUUAUUAAAAGAGACUUUCUUUGAAA